AUGCAGACAAACUACCCUUCUUUACCUCCGGAAAAUGAAUCGACCACCUCAACAAACCCACCUACACCAGCAGCGUCAGCAACGGUGGCUGCGGUGGUGGUGGGAGGGGGUGGUACUGGUGCAGGAAGAUAUCCCUCGUCAACGUUGACAUCUCCCCCGUUCCCAGGUUCAUCAGCGAUUGAUACCUCUUUUUCUCGGUGCGUACCUGAAACCAACGAAACGACAACGUCCCUAAAUGAAGUCCUCCACCGAUCCUUGAUGGCUUCUUCUUUCACAGCCAGCGAAAUCAAUGAGCCAGUCAUUCCUAGAGCCCACUCCAACGGCAAAACCUUUGAUCUCAACGCUCUGCGAGAGGCAGCAAGUCGUGAGAAAAAGCUGUUUGAAAGAGAUCCCUCUGAAAGAAAGGAAGGUGUAACCGGUAACUAUGACUUCCCCUUUCACAUGCCCACGGGUCAUCCUCCGUGGCCAACCCAUAUCGAUAAUCACCCUAUCGAUGUGCAGCCGAAAUCGGUCCAAGCUCCAGAAACUAGUCCUUCCGCCAACGCCAAGCUUGGUUCCUUCUCACCUAAUGUCGGAAUGCUCCCUUACACAAAUACUGGAUCAACCAAAGAUUUAGAUUACUUUUUGGCAGCAAAUGCAGCGCGUGCACUGGUUAAUCAUCUUGGUGGUGCUGGCGGCACCGGCAGUAGUGGUGGUACUGCCGCUGCUGGUGGCAGUGGAAGCGGUAUUGUGCCACAACCCUCCGAUGACCGAUCGAAGUCUCCCUCAAUGGGUUUUCGUGAUAUUGUGAACCCACAUAUCUCUCCGACACAGCAACCCUCCUCAAUGGAGCCUCUGUACGCUCAUCAAAGAAGUUUCUCCGACAGAUCCAGUCCUUCCAGGUCUUCCUUUGGCCUCCCUUCGCUGGAAAUGAGUAGUGGUGCCCCGCCAAACAUGUCGGUUCCAUUCAACAGCUCGCCAUUACCAUUUCCUAUGCCACCAAACUUUCGCCAAAACAACCCACCGUACUCACCACACCCACCACACCAUCUGCUUCCACCAAAUCCCUUUGGGGGACUAGACCCUAACUUUGCAGAUCGCAUGAAGGACUACUCAGCGCCGCAUCACCUCAUGGACCCUAGAUUUCCAGUCGUUUGUUCAAUGUCGAGACUCCCACGAUCAGCAUCACCGGUGGACGGAGAUGGAAGAGGUGGAGGAAUAAUUGGUGACUCUGGAAUGAGUGACGCCUCACCCAACAGUUCUUCCAGCGGAAAAUUCGUAUCCCCUCAUAAUCAAGCCGGAGGAACUACCGGAAAUGGAGGGAAUAUAGUUCUAUAUCCUUGGAUGAAUCCAAAAAGCUGCGUAUCACAUAAAUUUUACCAGGCUGAAUCAUGCAUACAGGCUUUGAAAUGGAGAGGGAGGAAACCAACGCGAAGCGAGCUAGCGGUGAACCGUAAAGUUGAUGACCGUGAGAAUUAA